UGCUCGGCCUCUGCGCGUGCGUAGCUCGAGCCCGCUGCCUCGAAGCCGCUCGCCCUUCUUUGUCGCGGGUUCGAGCACCAAGUCAGCCUGCUUUUGGGUUCACGACCGUCAGCACGAUGCUGUUCGAUAAGGUGAAGGCGUUCGUGGUAGAGCUGGACGGGGCGCGCGCGGGCACCGAGCCCGUGUUCCACGGAGGCCAGGCCGUGGCGGGCCGGGUACUGCUGGAGCUGGCGGGCGCGGCGCGCGUGGGCGCGCUCAGGCUGCGCGCUCGGGGCCGCGCUCGCGCGCACUGGACGGAGUCGCGGAGCGCGGGCUCCAGCACGGCUUACACGCAGAGUUACAGCGAGCGCGUGGAGGUCGUGAACCACAGCGCCACGCUGCUCGCGUCAGACUCGGGGGACACCGCCGCGCUGCCUGCCGGACACCACGAGUUCCCCUUCAGCUUCCAGCUGCCUAUCUCCCUGGUGACAUCCUUCGAGGGAAAACACGGCAGCGUCCGCUAUUCCAUCAAAGCCACUCUGCACCGCCCCUGGGUCCCCGCGCGCCAUGCCCGGAAGGUGUUCACUGUCAUUGAACCCGUGGACAUUAACACGCCUGCCCUGCUGGAACCCCAGGCUGGAGCUCAGGAGAAGGUGGCGAGAUCCUGGUACUGCACCCGCGGCCUAGUGUCCCUGUCAGCCAAGAUCGACCGCAAGGGCUACACACCAGGUGAGGUCAUCCCCAUCUUCAUGGAGGUUGACAAUGGCUCCACCCGAGCUGUACAGCCCCGUGCUGCUCUAGUACAGACACAGACCUUCACGGCCCGAGGUGCCCGAAAGCAAAAGCGUGCUGUGGUGGCCAGCGUGGACGGAGAGCCCGUGGGCCCCGGGCGCCAUGGGCUGUGGCCAGGUCGUGCCCUGCGUAUUCCGCCUGUGGGCCCAUCCAUCCUGCACUGUCGAGUGCUCAGUGUGGACUACUCGCUCAAGGUUUACGUGGACAUCCCAGGCUCUUCCAAGCUGCUGCUGGAGCUGCCGCUGGUCAUCGGCACGGUCCCCCUGCACCCCUUAGGCAGCCGCUCAGCCAGUGUGGGCAGCCGCGCCAGCUUUCUGCAAGACUUCGGCCUGUGCAGCCUGAUGGAGCAGCCAGAGGCACCCCCUGAAUACUCCGAGGUGGUGGUCGAGAACCAGCUGGCAGCUGCGGCACAGGGGUCCUUCCCCCUCCCGCAUGACCCCUGCGUGGCCAUGGAAGGGGCCUACUUGGCCUGUCUCCAGGAGUUCCGCUACCGCCCACCUCCGCUGUACUCUGAGGAGGACCCUAACCCCUCUUCAGAGGCUGUGAGGCCACGCUGCAUGACCUGCUGAUCCAAGGAUCCACACCUCGGUACCGGGUUGAGGAGUCUUCGGCCACUGCAGUCCUGCUCUGGGAACACAGGGUUAGAUGAGUGUCUUCCGACAUCACACGGGGCUGAGAGGCAGCACACGGCUUCAGAGGACUGGCCAUUCUCUCGGGCUUCCAGUUUUCUGCGUCUGACCCACAGUGGGGCUGCUGGGAUGGACACAUCCAGUCUCAUAGAACCAGACCAACUAGGAGUCCAGAGGGGAAGCAGAAGGCUUCCAAAGGUCAGCUCAGCUGAGGCUUUGACGUUUGAACAGGAGUUCAGUGAGUAGACAAGCAGAGAGGAAAAGGGCAGAACCAACAGUGCCCACGGCCUUCAUCCCAGGUUGGGAGGCUUAGAUGAGGCCCACUAGUAGGUCAGCAGGACAGAGGGCCCAGGGGCAGACAUGUACAGGGAAAGCCAGUGGGCUCUGUGUGACCUGAGGGUCCAGGGGUUCCAGCUCUUGAGGGCUGGUGGCUGAGCCCAGAGCUGUGGGUGCUUAGAAGCUCAGACCUCGCUCAGGGGUCAGGGUCCAGACAAGGACACAUGUGCCCUAGCAGAUCAUGUGUGGAAAGAAGGACAGGUGACUGCGGGCAACUGAGCAAGGCCCCACGUCGCCACCCGCCAGGGACUUGCCAUUUCCACAGCUCUGAAGAACCAAUCAGAUCACCUUUUGUACAUUAAUAAAUAAGUAAAUAAAUAAACUAGGAGGAAGAGA